UUUUUUUUGUCAGCGCAAACAUUUUUUCGUUGUUCCUUAAUUAAAUAAAAAUACACGCUUGGCUGUCAAAUCAAGUCGUAGAUACAUUGCUGUUGUAUUGCAAGAGGCAGUACAUUGCAACCAAAGCAAGCAAGCACACUAUACAUUAUCGAACUAUAUAAGUCGGCGGUGGUUUGAUAUUCAGACAGAGCAGAAUAUUUGGUCACUUCAUACACACAGUGCAUUUUAAUAACCAAUAAGGCUAUUAAGUUCCUUUAUCUCGUGCAUAGUAUUUCUGUUUUUCAGUUGUUUUUAACCGGCUAACAUAAAUUUGGCACAACAUUCUUUGAUUUUCAGUGGUUUUUGGCGAUAAUUUGAGUUAAAUUUUCAUUUAAAAACGUACAAAAAAGAUUUUUCCAUUAUUUUUUUUUUUUUUUGUUGUUCUCAAAUUAUUAUUGUGAAACAGUUUUGUGCUUAGACACGAAUUAAUUUUUUUUUAAGUGAAGAGUAUUUUUGAGUGCAAGAAAAAAUGGUAACUGAAAUGAUACACGUGGAUUCACCAAACGUAUCGUACAAUGGGAAUCAAAUUACCGUCGAUUACGAAUACUCAAUGACAAGUGUGAAAAAAAUUGACAAUCGUUUGGUGGUUACACCAGAAAAUGUGUCACUCACCAUUGCCACCGAUUGUCAUGUACCGAAAUUGGGCUUAAUGUUAGUCGGUUGGGGUGGAAACAAUGGUUCCACAAUUACAGCUGCGUUGGAAGCAAAUCGAAAAAAAUUGGAGUGGCGCACAAAGGACGGAAUCAAAAAGGCCAAUUGGUACGGUUCAAUUACUCAAGCGUCAACCGUUUUAUUGGGCAGCGAUAGUGAAGGUCAAGAUGUUCAUGCACCCAUGAAUCGUCUUGUUCCGAUGAUCAAUCCAGAUGAUAUUGUAAUUGAUGGCUGGGAUAUUUGCAUUGACAAUAUUGGCGAUGCAAUGCGCAAGGCUAAGGUGCUCGACGUAGCACUUCAAGAUCAAGUUUACGAUAAAUUGUCUAAGUUUAUGCCACGUCCGUCGAUCUACGAUUCAGACUAUAUCGCUGCUAAUCAAUCGUCGCGUGCAAAGAACACAAUCACCGGUACACGUUACGAGCAAUAUCAGCAGAUUCGUGCGGAUAUUCGAGAUUUCAAAGCAAAAUCCGGUGUUGAUAAGGUAAUUAUACUAUGGACAGCAAAUACGGAACGUUUUUCAACUGUUGAAAAAGGUUUGAAUGAAACGGCCGCCGAAUUGGAGGCAUCGUUGAUUGCAAACCAUUCAGAAAUUUCACCGUCAACGAUUUUUGCAAUGGCUAGUAUUGCCGAAGGAUGCACUUACAUUAAUGGAUCACCGCAAAAUACAUUUGUUCCUGGUGUCAUUGAAUUGGCCGAAUUGCAUGGCGUUUACAUUGCUGGCGAUGACUUUAAAUCCGGCCAAACAAAAUUGAAAUCGGUGUUGGUCGAUUUUUUGGUGAGCGCUGGCAUCAAACCCGUUUCCAUUGUCAGCUACAAUCAUUUGGGCAAUAAUGAUGGCAAAAAUCUAUCAUCACCACAACAAUUCCGCUCCAAAGAGAUUUCAAAGAGCAAUGUGGUUGAUGACAUGGUCAGUUCGAAUAACAUUUUAUAUGCAAAAGACGAGCAUCCCGAUCAUGUGGUUGUUAUCAAGUAUGUACCAUAUGUUGGCGAUAGCAAACGUGCACUGGAUGAAUACACCAGCGAAAUUAUGAUGGGUGGUCAUAAUACACUUGUCAUUCAUAACACAUGCGAAGACUCAUUGUUGGCCGCACCGCUCAUUCUCGAUCUUACGAUUUUGGCUGAACUGUGCACACGUAUUAAGAUCAAAAGAAAUGUACCGGAUGCAAAAUUCACGUCAUUCCGAUCAGUAUUGUCGUUAUUGAGUUAUCUUUGUAAGGCUCCACUCGUUCCCAACGGUGCACCGGUCGUUAACUCAUUAUUCCGUCAACGUUCUGCAAUCGAAAACAUUCUCAGAGCUUGUGUUGGAUUACCGCCAAACUCGCACAUUGCAUUGGAACAUCGCUUUGCAAAUUUAAUAAACGACAGAGAGCAGCCGGCAAAUAAAAAGGCCAAGACUGGUCCAGCCAUUAUUGCCAAUGGUAAGCACUAGAGCUUACAUCAAAAUAAGCUAACCAUGCUUACAUCAAACCUCAACAUAAAGUGUAUAUGUUACAAGAAGAGAAUCGCAUUUUUUUCCAUUUGGUUUCACAUUGAAUAUUAACAUUUUAUUAUAUGGUUUUUUUAAAAGAUGUAGUCUCAUAUAAAUGCUCUCUCAAUAAAUGACAACAUAUUUUUGUUUCGAGAUAAAUAUAAA